CGAUGGUGUUAGCCAGUGUACACACCACCGUACAUGAGUUUCGUAUUUGUUUGCCUGCGUGCGUGUGAGUGUGUGUGUGGGGGAGUUUGUGUGUAGUGUGCUUUUUUACGUUUUUCUGUACCGUUUUUCAGUAAAAUCGUAUUACUUGUGUUUUAAUCUCGAUCAACGUAUUUUGCAGUUCCGUUCCCGUUCCGCACGACCCGCUCAUUCCGUUUGUGUAAUGUUUGUGUGUAUGUGUGUGUCUAUGUGGUAGAAUCCGGGUUUGUGUCUCGGCCCUAUCAAUCCCGUCGAUCAAAACACUUCCACUUCCGGCGCACUGGCGUGAACGACCCUGAUUCAAUCAAUCAAGCGAGAAGCGACAGCACAGCAACCACACAUCCUUCCCGGUAGCGCCGGCAAGGAGUUGAAUGGUGACCGUCUGAGCUGCUGCAGCCAGCAGUAUCCCCUUUUCCGGCUUUCCCGGGCCGACCGGCCGGUACGGAGGGGAGAGCGUGAGCACGAUGUGGAAGUGUCACAAAUGCGGCAAGCCCGUCUUUUUCGCGGAACGCAAGCAAUCGCUCGGUUACGACUGGCAUCCGGAGUGUUUGCGGUGCGAGGAGUGCGGCAAGCGCCUUAACCCGGGACAGCACGCCGAACACAAAGGUGUGCCGUACUGCCAUGUGCCGUGCUACGGUGCCCUGUUUGGGCCGCAGCUGUUCGGCCACGGUACCCGGGUGGAGUCGCACAAGAGCUUCGGCCAGCCGGAUCAGAAAAAGCAGGCAGUGCAGCGCUCGCCAGCCGGCCCGGCCAUACCCAAGGGGCACCUGGAGUCGAAGCUGAAGUCGUACAACCAGUUCCACAACAACAGGAGCAUGGAGAUACGGAGCCGCGAGGUGAACGGGCGGCUGGUGCUGGAGGGCGCACUGCGCAUCUACUGGGGGGUGCAGGGAAUGAUCCACCUGAAGGAGGACGACGACCAGCGCACCGUGGUGACGGUCCGGAAGCGUAACUCGUACCGCCAAAGCACGCCCGCCUCGCUGGCCCACGCCCACGCGACGAGCGAUGGGGAGGAGGAGGGCAACGAGAAGGAAAAUCACCCGAACCAUGCGGACCAGCAGCAGCAGCAGCAGGAGCGACGGGGAGCCGGUGCGAUGGGCGUCAGCACGUCCAGCCUGACCGAGCCGUGCGACAGCAACAACGACACGACCACCAUCUCGGAGAGCAUCUCGUACGACACGCUCAGCCUGUCGUCCGAGCUCAACUCGAACUUCGACUCGAAGCCGGUCUCGUCGAGCGAAUCGUCCAAGGAGGUGUCGCCGAGCCACGCGGGCAAGUACGUGACGCUGCCGCCGAAGCUGGACGUGAAGCAGCUCGACUGGGACGAGAUCGACGAGCUGCUGCAGGUGGAGCGCAAGCUGGACGAGAGCGAGAAGCUGUAUCGGACGAUGCCGUCCCCGCUGGCGACAAGCGGCGGCGGUUCGGGCGGGUCCGGCGGCGACCGCAGCCUGGCGAGCGAGAGCGUCACCGACACGGAUUACAAGACGCUCACGCCCAACACGGCUACCGGGUCGUCGGGCGGGUCGGGCGCCGGCUCGGGCGACAGCGACCGGACGACGACCGGCGGGCCGGACACGUCCACCAGCGCGGCCACCACCAGCGCGACGACCAACGGGGACGAUGACUUCCGCACGCCGGAAGCGACGCUCCGAUCGCACGACUUCGAAGCGUUUAAGAUGCAGAUUAGCCGCGAGUUUAUCAGCAGCACGGCGGAGAUGGGCAACACGGACGGUACGCUGAAGCAGAACCAGCCGAUCGAUCCGGCCCGGAUCAACGAUUCGCUCAAGCUGUACAACGACGGCGUCAUGAACCGGAGCCUGUCGGACGAGCAGUGCCGGAAUGCGAUGUUUUCCCUGCCGGCCGGCAACAUCACGGGAUCGUUCCACGUGGAGGCCGGCACGAACGAGGACGACGACACAACGCUGCGCCAUCCGGCCAACGGCAUCUACGCGUCGCCCAGCCACGGCCGACAGUCGGCCAACGGUACGUCCAAGAAGCGGAUGCACCUGCAGCGUGCGGCGCAACCGGCCGGACCCGACGCACCGACCUCGUCGGAGGCCACCACGAACGGUGCCGUUACGUCGCCGGGCACGGACACGGACAGCUGGACGGCCGAUCGGGGCCUGCUGCGCUCCAAGUCCCAGGGCAACCACUACUCGGGCAACAGCUUCAUGGACAGCGAUGUGGACGACGAUAGCGGCGGUGGCGGUAGCGGCGGGACCGGCUCGGGUACGCUCAAACCCUCCGACAAGCCGCCGUCCUCGAUCCACAUCCGGAUGGACUGUUACGACGAGCUGGAGAGCCCCUCGUCCGGUCAGGCGAUCACGCCGUCGGAGGACGGUGAGCUGACCGCCGUGACGGCGACCAUGCUAACGACGACGACGACGGCGACGGCGACUACGCAGCCGUCGGAGUACAGCACCAGUAUCAGCGGCCACCCGGUCACGGACGACGGGGUCGUGCUGCGGAAGCCCCCGAAGACUGGGUCGACCGCGAUCAAGCGCCGGUCGGGCAACAGGCGGUCGCGCACCAAGCUGAAGCGCCGCUGCUCCAUCAACGGCCACUUUUACAACCGGGAAACGUCCUUCUUCACGCCCCCGUACGGCUCGCAGAUGAACGUUUGGGUGACGUCGCUCGUCAACACGCAGGAGGUGAUCAACCUGCUGCUGGAAAAGUAUAAGGUCGAAUCGAGGGCGGAAAACUUUGCGCUCUUUAUCGUGCGCGACAAUGGCGAGCAGAAAAAGCUGAAGGACGACGACUAUCCGCUCGUGACGCGCGUCAUUCUCGGCCCCCACGAGGAUAUUGCGAAACUGUUCCUAAUGGACGGUCAGCAAACGCAGGAAAUAAGCAGCGAGGUUGCACAGUUUCUGAACCUGUCCAUUCCGGAGUGCCGCGCUAUCUUGGAACGGUUCCACGAGGAGGAGCAACGGGAGCUGCACCGGAUACGGAUCAAAUUUGCCGAACUGCGAAAGCGCAUCGUACAGCGCAUGGAAUCGCUUAAAGUUCGGCUGUAGGCUCCCCCACACACACCAUGGUGACUUUCUGUCUGAAACAAUUCCCCCUACUCCCUCCCUGCUUCUUCUUCUUCAUCGGCUCACCAAGCAGGGGAGAAGUGUUCCCGCAAAACAAUGAAAAAAAAGCAAUCAAAGUGAAUAGUAAUCAUAUUUGUUGAUGUUUGUUGUUAGGCGAAAGUAGGCGCGGGAGCGAAGGACGGCAGUUUUUUUUACAUGAAAAAAAAAAAACAAAAACGGGACUAGCACAGCAAGAGGGAAGCGAGUAAGCGGUGGAGCGCGUGUUUGUGUGCAUCAUUUAAUCUCAUAGCCGCUCCGUUCAGCAAGCUAAUCAACGUCAGUGUAUAGUUUUAGUACGUUUUACUCGUUUGGCAACCUUUUCUUCUUCUUUUUUUGUAUCGGUGCGAACGCGUCCCGUGGGUCGUGUUUGCUUAUCGAUUACGAUUACCGGAAAAAAAUCUUGUCGAUCGAUUUACUCGAAUUGUAUUUGUAGUAUUUUUUGUUUGUUUGUUGUAAUAAGCUAGUAAAUGCAAACCACUACUGAUACUCGAAAGUUUGUGUGUAUGUGUGUGUGCGCAAGGAAAGGAGAUCGAUAGCAUAAUGACAAACUGCCAAACGCGAGUGGUCCAUCCACGCCUGCCGCAUUGACUGUUGGCCUGAAACAAACGGAUAGAAAGCAAUCGGAGGAGGAGGAAAUAGAAAUCGAGCGAACGAAGAGUAGGAGCGGCAGGAAACACACUCAAACACUAUUGUGUAUGGGGCAAGCAAUACGUAACACAGCAAACAAAGGAAGCAAAACACCACGCACGAAACCUCAACAUAUUUAUCUCCCCACAAGACUCAUUCAGGGACUCAUCCGAAGCGUUAGAGCUAACCGAACAAAGUGCUACCGAUAUGAAAAAAACACAAAUACAAACAUAGAACAAAGGCAAGUGAAAAUUCGAUUUGAUGCCAACCGAUUUAGAGUAGUAACGUACGGCGGAAAGGCUAUUUAGUGUAUUGCCUUUCGGGUGUCGCAUCAACCGUAAACCACCCCCAGACUGACAGUCCAGGUGCUUCCGCCUAGUGCUCAUAAAACAGCUAUGUUCGUGGUUUAAAUCAAUGGCGACUAUGUGCGGAAAGGAUUCGCACGGCUUUAGAGGAGCGUUUCGAGCCAACUAGCAAGCGUUAUCGUUUGAUCUGUCCUUUCUCUAAUACAGCGUCUUCGUUUGCAGUGCAAUUUGGUUAGCUAGCGCGUUUAUUUUUAGUUGAAUUUAUUUCCCUACCUAACAAUGGCAUAUUUUUAUACACCCCCACUAGCAACACUUACACCUACCAAGAAAGCAGCAACAUAAAAUGAUAGCUUAGCAGAAAACAAAUAACAACAACAACAACAAAAACAAAAGAAAACACUCAAAGCUUUAUUCAGCUUGCGCGGCAAUGUGUAUGUGACGCAACUGAUAACAAUCAAGAGGGUUAUAGCGCCGUGUUUAGGUGAAAUCAUCGCCCGUUUACAUGUAUAGUCCUUCCCGAAUGCUCAGCUCCCGGUCGGAGUGCGAUAUCAAACGCUAACCUAGUGUAAGAAUUUAUCUACGCAUAUACAUACGGACCUUUACAACGGGUGGGUUAUGGAACGAGAAGCCUAGCCUAGCGAGAAUCGGUGUCCUUCAGGAGCGGAGGAGGAUCAGUCGAGCAGCCAGCGUAACAGUUAAACAAUAACACAAUCGGCACACAUUCUCAGGCAAACUAGUGAGGCGAAACGCAGGCAGAGUCAGAGUAAGGCUGGCUUGUUUUUUUCUAAUGCUACUGCUGCUACUCCGGCCGACAGGUGAGGCCUCUAGCAAAACAUGGGUAAUCUCUUUCGCUGGCAGCCACUGGAAAGGGGUAGACAGAAACAACCACAGCAAACUGAUAAGCGAAUAAUAUAAUGCAAUUAAUAACAACGU